GUAACAACAACAGCGACAACGACAACAGUGACAACAACGACAACAUCAGUGACAACAGCGACAACCGUGACAACAGCGAUAACAGCAACAACAGCGACAAGACAACGACAACAGUGACAACAGAACAACAGCAACAACAGUGACAACAGCGACUACGACAACAGUGACAACAGUGACAACAGCGACAACAUCAGUGACGACAGCGACAACCGUGACAACAGCCGACAACAGCGACAACAGCAACAACAGUGACAACACCUACAACAGCGACAACACUGACAACAACGAUAACAGUGACAACAGUGACAACAGCGACAACAUCAGUGACAACAGCGACAACCGUGACAACAGCGACAACAGCGACAACAGCGACAACAGUGACAACACCUACAACAGCGACAACACUGACAACAACGACAACAGUGACAACAGCGACAACAGGUACAACAACCACA